UCUCGACCCACUUCAGGUCCAGACCAGCCGGAGGAGGAGGAGGGAGAGUUAAUGUCGGCAGCUGCUCUGGGGAAAUAACACAUUAAAGAUUGUUCUAGCAGCAGAGUGAGCCUUCCCCCACACCAUGUCCCAGGACAAGAGUGGAUACCCUGUUAUGGGUGAGAACAACCCACUUCAUAACAACGUCUAUGGACCGCCUCAGCCAGGUUUCGGCAUGCCCCCUCCCAACUACAGCCAAGCCCCAGGGGGACCGUACCCACCAGCAGCCGGCUACGGACAGCCGGGCUUCCCCCAAGCAGGCCCGGGUUUCGCUCCUGGUCCCUACCCUCAGAUGCCUUACCCUCAGAUGCCCUAUGCACAGGGACCCUACCCUCAGGGGCCUUAUCAGCAGGGAGUCGCACAGCCAGGCUUUCCCGGUGACCCCAUGGCCCCGGGUGGCAGCCCUGGUUACCAUGGUGAUGGGCCUCCAUCUUACUACGAUAAUGAAGAGUUCACCAACUCUGGCUUUGAGGACAAGACAAUCCGACAGGCCUUCAUCAGAAAAGUUUUCAUGGUUCUCACAGUGCAGCUGUUGGUCACCUUCUCCUUCGUUGCUGUUUUCACCUUCGUCGACGAAGCCAAGUUAUUUGUGCGACGUAAUCCAUGGACAUGUUAUGUGUCCUAUGCAGUCUUCUUGGUGGCUCUGAUCGUCCUCAGCUGUUGUGGAGACUUCCGCCGCAAACACCCCUGGAACUUGAUUGCACUGUCCAUCCUGACCCUGAGCCUGUCCUACAUGGUGGGCAUGAUCGCCAGCUUCUAUGACACGGACACCGUCAUCAUGGCCGUGGGCAUCACUGCGGUGGUCUGCUUUACUGUCGUGCUCUUCUCGCUACAGAGCAAGUAUGACUUCACUUCCUGUCGGGGUGUGCUCUUCGUGUGCCUGAUCGUGCUGUUGCUCUUCUCGUUCCUCUGCAUGUUCAUCCGCCACAAGAUCCUGCACAUCGUCUAUGCCUCACUGGGGGCCCUGCUCUUCACCUGCUUUUUGGCUGUGGACACUCAGCUUCUCCUGGGGAACAAGAAGCUGGCUCUGAGUCCAGAGGAGUACAUUUUUGCUGCCCUCAACCUCUACACUGACAUCAUCAACAUUUUCCUCUACAUCCUGUCUAUCGUGGGACGCUCCCGUGAAUGAGGCUUCACCUUAAAGAGAGCAGGAGGCAGAGAAUGCCUCCUGUUGGUGUGAAACAUUGCUGACAUGCUCUUUAACUCCUUUAACUUUUUCUUCACUUUCUUUUCCCCAUGACACUCCUCAUUUCCUCCCCCAUCUCACACACACACACACACACACACACUUUUUUAAAAGAAAUCGUGUAGUUGAACUGUGAAGCAGACACUGAGAGGGACACUAUUUAUUUACUACAAAUUCACAUUAAUGACAAAUGUAUCUGUCUUCUCCUCAAUUUUGACUACUCUGCUUGCUGUAACUGCUUCUACUAACAGACAUCCCUUAACUUCCAGUUUGGCUCGACACAAACCGUGUAAAACAUGUUAUCCUGUGGAUGCCUGGCACUCAACCUCGCCUCGCUGCAGAGAUUAAACAGAAAAAGAGCGGAGAAGGUAUCCGUGGCGCCUAAUAUUGAUGCAAACCAGCCUUGCCUGAAGAGAAGUUAGUGCUAGAAGUACCCUCCUCUCUAAUCUGUCCUCUUUCCCCAAACGUAUCUCUCCCUUUGAGCCUGCUGGUGUAACGUAACUCUGCAUGGCAACACUGGAAACACAACUAAAGAUGUGUUAUGAUUCUUUAGAGCUACCAGAGGGAUACCUCUAGCUUGCUUGUCACAGCUGUAUAUAGUUAAGUGUAUUAUUGUAUAUGAUGCCAGUAUAUUCCCCCCCUGCCCCUGAAAGGCAUGCUGGAGUGAUUUGCAUAGAUGUGUUGCUUUUUGGGAAAACUUUUACUCUGAUUAUCAGAACUUCACAUACCCAGUACAGUAACUAAAGUAUUUAAAUGGCAAAAGAAUGAAGAUCAAUGUUGGAUGUAUAUGACUAAUAUGAACAUAAAUAGGUAUUUAUAAGCUAUAUAUUCUUAUGGAAUAUCUUUUCGAAAGGAAGAAAGAUUUACGUUUUGAAAUAAUCCCAAAGCCAGGAUUUCCCCUUAUCUUCUUCCUUUUUUUCUUUAUUGUCCUCACUUACUUUCCUCUCAUCUGGUCAUAAAUGUGAAGUGAAAAUCUGAUGCUGUAUUUAUUUUUUCCUCAUGACAACUAAUGUGAAAUAAAAUGAAAGUGUAGGAAUUUCUGACCACUUCUAUACCAAGCUGAUCCGAGUUUCAAAAAUGUCUUAUUUAUUGUGAAGUAGAUGGACGCUGGACUUAUAACUUAUCUAUUUAUUGAGCUUGAUGUAGAUAACAGGGUUGCUUUGAGGUUUGCUAGUGUUGAGAAAAACACACUUGGACUUGAGGUGAUUGUGAAACCAUCACAUAGUGGUUUCACUAACAAGCUAAAGGAUUCAACAUGCACUGGAAGCCAAAACACUCACUAAACACACAUAACUUGAAUGAUAUAUUUAACAUGAACAUUUUUUUAUUCUGUAAUUUCCUCUGUUUGGAUUUUUCACCUUUUGCAUGACCCUCUCCUCUUAUUUGCAUGUGCUGAUAAUGCACACUGUACAGGUAUUCCUAUUUUGGAGAGACACAGUGUUGUUUGGCAGCCCUGUUCGAGUUUUUUUUUAACUCUUGUGUUUGUAUCUAACUAAUGUGUACCUGUACAUAGGACUCCUUAGUGGUUUGAUGUGUAUAGAUGAAGUAAUUUUGGGGCUUUGUGGGUCUGUUUGCAUUGUAUAUUUGCAUUAAAUCAAAGUGGAACUGCAUUCGUCUACACUGAUAUUCGCUUUUCAUUAAAACUGAUACAAUGUAAA